UCGCUGUGUUCGGUGGCGCAAUGGAGUCGUCUCUUAAUCAUGGCGAUGAUUUUAUUGGCUCGUACCGGCAUGUUGGAGAACUUCUAGUGCUCGCGGUAUUAUCAUUCUUCGGGUAUUCACUCCUGAAAAAAAUGUUCCGCGCUUAUAAACCCGAAUUCCUAAGAGCCGGGUUUGCGGGCGUUGACCUGAACAAACCAUCGAAGCCUACGCUUCCUGAAGCGCAAGGUGUUUUGGCGGGCGCCGUGUUUAUUGUAAUCAUGUUUGUGUUUAUCCCCAUUCCCUUCUGGCGCUAUUUGUUUGGCAAAGACUAUGUAUUGCCUCUAUGGGACGUCGGCAUUUCACCCGCCACAGAUGAACAGCGGGCCUUGCUAUUCAAGAGUCAAUUUAUCCACUAUCUAGCAGGCUUGCUGUGCAUAUGUUGUAUGGUUUUCCUCGGUUUCGCGGAUGACGCCCUUGACCUCCCGUGGCGUCAUAAGUGUAUCAUGCCCUCAAUAGCGUCUUUGCCACUUUUAACGGUAUACCUUGCGAACGAGGGGACUACGAAGAUAAUGGUCCCCAUUAUCUUGAGAGACAUUGUCGGAACGACUGUUGAUAUCGGGGUACUCUACUAUGUAUAUAUGGGUCUACUGACAGUGUUCUGCACCAAUACCAUCAACAUUUACGCCGGAAUCAACGGACUGGAGGUUGGUCAAAGUCUGGUAAUUGCCGCUUCAGUGACUGUCUUCAAUAUCAUAGAAUUGCGUGUGUCCAUUUUCAAAAAGGGUAAUCGUAGUGAAUGUGGUAACAACAGAGGUGUUAGUUUGACUCCAGUUGUGGUAAGGCUUCUGGCGUCACUGAUUCUUCGUCGUCCUACGAUGACACGUGAAGCCUUGACUCGUGAGAGUCAAGCGGGAUUUCGGCCGGGUAGAGGCUGCGCUGACGUUUGAUACCUUUGGCGCGUCCACUUGUUUUCCCUGUACUUUUUGAUCCCAUUCAUGGCCGUUUGCUGGGCUUUGUAUAAAGUCAACCGCUAUCCGGCCUCUGUUUUUGUCGGGGACACGUUCUGCUACUUUGCCGGGAUGACACUGGCUGUUGUCGGUAUUCUGGGCCACUUCAGCAAAACGCUGAUGCUGUUUUUCCUACCACAAAUCGUAAAUUCUUUGUACAGCAUGCCCCAAUUGUUUGGUCUCAUUCCGUGUCCUCGGCAUCGUCUACCUUGGUACGAUCCAAAUGAUGGAUUACUCCAUCCCAGUAAAGUGCGUUUCCAUCCGAAAUCACUCAGUACUAUGGGACAGUUUGUAUUGAACACGUGUGCGCGCUUCGGUAUCGUCGACUGUCACGUCGUCGCAAGUCCUUGCGUCGCAGAGAACGAUACAAAUGAACUGAACGUUGAUCGGGAUAUGUCCACCGGGAAGGAGUUGACGGAAGAAAUUGUUGAAGUAAACAACUUUACGUUGAUUAACCUCUGGCUACGGUUCAGAGGUCCGAUGUCGGAAGCCGAAACUACCAGGUCCCUCCUACUUCUACAGAUUUACUCGUCGGUCUUGGCGUUCAUCAUUCGCUAUCCGCUUGCCUGGCUGUUCUAUGGCGUCCCCACCAACUAACUGCGGACUAUCUCAUCACUGAAAAGUUCCAUGCCUAUCAGCCUCCCUUCUCUGUUUGAGUCUUUUUUAUCUCCCAACUAACUGUGGACCAUCUCAUCACUGAAGAGUCCCAUAUCUAUCUGUAUUCCUUCCGUCUGAGUCUUCUUUUAUCUACUUUACUCUGUCACCGCUUUUUUCGGUACAUAGGCAGAGGAAUAUCCCUGCUGGUUUGCACAAACUCAGGCACGUCACAGGACCACCAUAGUGUAUAUCAUACCGUCGCCAAAAACCGCCUUGUCCCUCACAGCGGUACAAGGGAACCAGUGUACUUGUUUGUUUAUUGUGUUCUCUGCUGGGAUUUACGGCAACUGUAUUGAGGAAACGGCAUAUCCGUUUAUCCCCUCGACGGACAAGACCUUGAUUCCGUAUUUGUGUCCCUCGUACCAUUGCACUGUAGCAGAGCAAGGCUCCAUCGGUCUGACUAUCGUGCGGUCAAUUCCUUCAACGGUCCACUUGAUACUUCGCACCAUUACCGGUCCUUCCGGUAGUCAUCCCUUUCAGAUCGCUAACGGACUUGAGUAAACAUCCGGACAGCAGUUGUUGGCGUGGUCUGAUCCUUGCUUCAAUCAUCUGUUGGUUAAUUCAUUAGAUCUCAACACAGAUGGUGAACCUUCAAUUGUUUCUUUAAAUCGUGACCCAUCCCCGCGGGAAACCUAGCAAGUACCAAGUCUUGGAAUUUCAUUUGAUGCACAGUCAUUCAUGGUUUCUUGAAAUCUACCUGCC